UGGAGUCACACCCAGUACACACACACACACACACACACACACACACACACUCUCUCUCUCUCUCGUCUCCAUCAGCGCUGCGCCAGAGGCGCGUUCACUGCAGCUCUGUGGAGCGCGCACGCUAGAGAGGGACGCGCUGCAGCGGCUCGGAACAUCUUCACCCGGCGUGAUUCAUGAUCAAGUGUUCAGGAGGAGCGGCGCUCGUCUCUCACCGUCAUCAUGGCCUCGAUCUCGGAGUGGUACGCGGGGAAGAACGUGCUGAUCACCGGAGCCACGGGCUUCAUGGGGAAGGUGCUGUUGGAGAAGCUGCUGCGCUCCUGUCCCGACGUCAACGCCCUCUACAUCCUCGUCCGGCCCAAAGCCGGUCAGUCCAUGUCCGAGCGCGUCCAGGACAUGAUGAAGUGUAAGCUGUUCGACCGCGUGCGUGAAGAUAAUCCUGACUUUCAUCAGAAGAUCAUCCCCAUCAGCAGCGAGCUCACGCAGCCCGGCCUCGCCAUCAGUCCAGAGGAUGUACAAACACUCACUUCCUGUAUCAACAUCGUCUUCCACUGCGCCGCCACCAUCCGCUUCGAUGAGCCCCUGAAGCAUGCGCUGCAGCUGAACGUCAUCGCCACGCAGCAGCUUCUCUCUCUGGCGCAGCAGAUGCAGCACCUGCAGGCCUUCAUCCACAUCUCCACCGCCUACGCCAACUGCAACCGCAGACACAUCGACGAGGUCAUCUACCCUCCUCCGGUCGAGCCCAAGAAACUCAUCGACUCUCUGGAGUGGAUGGAUGACAGUAUCAUCCGUGACAUCACGCCGCGUCUGAUCGGUGACCGGCCGAACACUUACACCUACACCAAAGCGCUGGCCGAGUGUGUGGUGCAGCAGGAGAGCAGCAAACUCAACAUCGGCAUCAUACGGCCGUCCAUCGUGGGAGCCAGCUGGCAGGAGCCGUUCCCCGGUUGGAUAGACAACUUUAAUGGACCAAGUGGUGUUUUCAUUGCUGCUGGGAAGGGCAUCCUGCGCACCAUGAGAGCCAGUAAUGACGCGGUGGCCGAUCUGAUUCCUGUAGACGUGGUUAUAAACCUGACGCUGGCUGCCGGCUGGUACACCGCGGUGCACAGACCGAAAGCUGCACUCGUGUACAACUGCACAACCGGAGGCAUUAACCCUUUCCACUGGGGAGAGAUCGAGCAUCACGUGAUGUCCUCGUUCAAGAGGAAUCCUCUGGAACAGGCUUUCCGUCGGCCAAACGCCAACAUCACCUCCAAUUACCUGAUCAACCAGUACUGGAUCCUCGUCAGUCACAAGUUCCCCGCGCUCAUCUAUGACCUGUUCCUCCGACUGUCCGGACAGAAACCACAAAUGAUGCGUAUUUUCAACCGUCUGCACAAAGCCAUCGGUCUGCUGGAGUAUUUCAGCAGUCAGGACUGGGAGUGGAACUCAGAAAACAUGAACAUGCUGAUGAGUCAGCUGAGCGCCGACGACAGGAAGACCUUCAACUUUGACGUUCGCCAGCUGAACUGGCCCGAGUACAUCGAGAAUUACUGUAUCGGCACCAAGAAGUACGUUCUGAACGAAGACAUGUCCGACAUUCCCGCCGCCAGACAGCACUUGAGGAAGCUGAGAAACAUCCGAUACACGUUCAACACGGUGCUGCUGGUCUUCAUCUGGCGCGUCUUCAUCGCUCGCUCUCAGAUGGCCAGGAACAUCUGGUACUUCGUCGUGAGCUUGUGCUUCAAGUUCCUGUCCUACUUCAGGGCUUCCAGCACUCUGACCCAAUGACCGGAGCAACAGGAAGUGUGUGCCCCCGUCCUCCAAGCACUUCCUCUUCCAGAGGUGUCUUCAGCCAUCCAUCCACACACACACACACAAACAACACACACAACACAGGUGUUUCUUUAGCUUUCCUCACCGGCCGCUCGUUCCACCUGACUCCUCCAUGUGCUGUUUUUAAAGGUGUCCUUUUUUAUAACGACUGUCCUUAAUACCGAUUAUAUAUGCAACCACAUUUUACAGUGUUUCUCCUUUACGUUCUCGUCGCAAUCCAACAUCUGGAGACGUUGCCUUUGUGUCUUCUGAUGAUUUCAGCCUUCUCGACUACAGACGGUGUUUCGGAGCGUUGGAUCGACAGCUCAAAGCUUUGCUGUUUUCAGCCAUUUCUCUCUCUCUCUCUCUCUGUGAGUGUGUUUGUGUCUUUUGAUGGUUCGUUUGUGUCUGUCUGUUCUAAUACCAUGUAAUCCAGCCGGAAAACUCUCGUACCGUGUGGUACUAAAGCCUACAAGAACAUAGUCUAGGGGUUUCACUGCGUUUUUAGUUGGUGUUUUUUCUAGUUUCGUUUGCUGCGUAUGGAGGGAAAGGCCAGUGAACUGCAACAGAUCUGAUGCAUUUAUAACAUCACACGUUUUUUUCCCCAAGUCAUCGCUUGCUCAACUAUACAUCCACCAGUUUAAACACAAACACCCAAAAUCAAAAGAAAAAAAGUCUAUUCAUGGAAAAAAAAUGCAGCCUAUUUUUAAGGAACCUAAAAUAAUUCCUUAAUGUGUUUAGUUUAACCUUUUCAUGACAAUUAAGCACAUUUACCCUCAAAUUUAAUGCAUUUUAAUGCAUCUAGAAUUCUUCUAAAUGGCAAUUCUCAUUACUGUAGUACAGUAUUUUACAGUGUUACUGUAAAAAUAAAUGCUGUAAUUAUUACAUUUUAAAUAUUAAUUUUAUCAAAGAUUUGUUAUAAAAUAUAUAUUCAAUAAUAAAAAUAUUCAAUUAAAAAAUUAAAUAAAAUAUAGAAUGACUAUUUUUACAUUUCUUUUGAUUUAAGUGUGAAAUGUGGCAUACUCAACACCUUUCUGUUUGUACAGCAGAACAGAAGUUUAGCGUCGGACUCUGUUAGAUGAGAAUAUUUCUGUCUGUAGACAGUCGUAAGAUAGUUUCAUCGGUCUGUAAAUAUUCUAGAUAUAUAAAUAUAUUCCUUUUCAGAUGAUAUACAUACCAAAAAUGUACAAAUGUAUAUUUGCGAGGGUGAAUCAAACGGUUAAGAACAUCUAUUUCCGGAAAUGACUGAGGGCUUCCCUUAUUUUUUGAAGAAAAGCGAAAAGUGAAGAAAAAAAGCGUCGAGUCUCCAUUUUCAAUGUUGUUUUAUGUGUAUUAACCACUGUUUAAAGUGCUCUGAAUCUAGAGACGUAAAGGGACAUAAACCUGCAAACGUGUUCGUCCGAUUUCAAGAGGGACAUGUCCCUCGAGAGCUUUUCAAUCAUUGACUUUGGUAGUUUCUAUGCAGCACAACCUGUGCUUCUUCCUUCUAGAUACGUUACUUUUCUAGUUUAUCGUUUGCUUUUUCACCUUUCUGAAGCACUUUUAUUUCUGUUUGCUUGUCGGAUGAACCAAAACGAGGGUAUUUAUAACAUUUUAUGAAUCUCCUACUCUGCCAGCGGUCAAAUAUAAAUAUAAUCUUUCGUACGGUUUUACAGCAUCGUGAUCAAUUGACACUAUUUGAGGAUCUCAUGAGCGUUGAUUUUUCUACACUGCCCCUGGUGGUCUAUUGCCAAACUGUAUUUUUAGAUCACCGUUUCUAAGACAUUUCUGCCUUCCGUCGUCCAUCUUUUGUAUGUCGCACACAGUAUUCGUGUUCCUGAGUAACCGCACGUCUUCCUCAGCUUGUUUAGCAGUAGUGGAGCGAUUACUUUAGAUGAUUUGAGAUGUUUUUUCUCCUGCACGUUAUGAGUCUCAGUAGAGAAAGCACACGCACACUCUUAGAGCAUUCCAGACAUGAAAAACACAGCCAUUUUUCUACUAGAAUCGAACACCUUGAUGUCUUAACAACGGCAACCCUUCGUUUUGAGCUUUCAAAUGGAGCUUCUACUGCCAACGUCAUCUUUACAAUCUCAAUCGUUUGUGCUCUGCCACUGAUGUUUGUACAGAUGAGGUGAUUGAGCUGUAUUGGGUUUACAGUAAAAUGAUUUUUUUAACAGAAAAGUCCCCAACUGAAAAUGUGUAACACGUGCAUGUUUGCUUUUUACAUACGAGAUUUUCAAAGCAGUGAAGUAGUGGCUGACAUGGAUUUUGACCUUCCUCUACUCAACAUUUGUCUCCAUGUUGUGCUGUCAGGCGUUGUACGGUCGAGGUCCUUGAAUGGAAAACUGUACUUUGAUACAAUUGUGUGCUUGACCAUUUGUUGCAAAAGAGUUCAUGACAAAAUAAACUGAAAUGACCAAG